CAUCAUCACUAUAACAAGGCAAACCAAAGGAAAAGAAUUCAGUUUCAGUGAACGGGGGGCAGAGAGAGAUGGAUAAACAGGUGAAAUUAGAGGAGGAGGUGGGGGAGAAGAAGGGAGAAUUGAAAUUAGGGGAGGAGCUGCAGCAGCACCAACCACCCAACGUUUCAGCCAUGGAACCCCUCACAAGAGAAGCUUACGGCGGCGGAAUGUACGGAGCGGAGCCGCAGGUGGCCGAGAAACCCAGAAAUAAGGCACCGGCAAGUGAGACGCAGAGUGCAGAUGGGCCGACCGAACCUGACCCCCAACCAAAGCACCGCCCUCCGCCGUCUACCGGAGAUCGGGAUCUUGACAUCACCGGCCAAUCUUACAUUCAGUGACCACUUCUCAACCAUCCACCCUUACAUUUAUUUCUCCACUCUUGCGAGUAAUUUGAAUUUCCGUGUCUAAUUUUUGUU